UGGAAGCAGUAUGUGUAGAAAUGUUGAGGUACAAGUUAGGUUGGGCUAACAGCCAUGUGACGUUUGGUCAGGCGCCUCGGCCAAUCAGCGUCGAGGCGACAGCUCUACUCGAAGGGUAAGCGCAACGCAACAAUGACAAUGCAUGGGUGCAAUAGGAACUCAGACACAUCUCCCACAGCCGUGUUGCACGUGCGGGCUUGUCCAACUGUGCUUCUCAGUGACGAUUUGUGGUUACUGCAUGUGUUCCACCAAAAGCGAAAGAUUGAUUGCUCAUAGCAUUAUGCGAGUCUAUCAAUAUGGUGUGCCUUCCCAGGCCCCAAAUCCAAGUCUAUGCAGCGGCAAACACUGGCAAAUAUGCCCAGUUGCGAGGCAUCCUAAAAAUGUCACAAUCGUUGCAGAAUCCACUAUAACCCCAGAUAAACAGACAACAAAUUAGAAGCUUGUUAGAUAAGCAAGACCGGAACCCCGUCUAGUGCUUAGCUGUAACCUUGUCGCCCGUGAGCUUCUCGACAGCUUCCUUGGCACUUGG